GCGGACGCGCUCUCCGUGGUGCUGAAACAGAACAACAGAUCAACUAGUGAAGAAGAGGAAGACGCUCGCACCUCGACACCUGCUUCUGAGCUUCGUGGUAUUUGGUGGCUCCAGUGAGAACGCAUUACAUAAGUGUCCGACUGUGCUGCAUCAUGUUGUGGAUGAAGUGGAAGAUGGUGGUGGACUCUCUGCGGGGACGGAGAAGGAGAAUGCCCUGUUCCCUCUGGUUCCUCCUGCUGUUCGCUGCUGGAGGUCUGGUUCUCUUCAUCCACCAGCGGGAUCUGUCAGAGAUGGUCCAGCAACAAGGCUCAAGCGUGAAGCUUGGAAGCACUCCACGGCAGUCCAGAGAGACUCUUUCUACGCAGGACAGAGAGAGAGGCAAACCUGACAAUUAUCAGGACCAUCAAGCGGCAGAAGGCAUCUUGUCCAGUCCGAUCCCUCCAAUGCAGUUCCCACACUUUGAGGACAGUAGACAGAUGGCCACCACUGGGUCUCGAGAGCAGGACAUAGGCUCCCUUCAUGUCUCCAAAAGACAGCGCAAACUGCUCAAAACAAGUCCCCCAAUCAAUCACACCAACAACACUGUUUCCUCGUCCCCUUCCUCUCCUUCCUCCUCAUCCUCAGUGUCCUCCUCCUCUGCCUUACGCUCAUUUUCCCCCAAUAUCCUGGAAGCACGCCGGCAGCUGAUGAAGGAGAUCUGCGCUAAGUACAAAAGCAGCAUCUCCAGGACCAUCACACGUCAUCAUGUGAAACACCUCUACGUGGAGGACAAGUACAAGUUGUUGUACUGCCAGGUGCCCAAGGCGGGCUGUUCCAACUGGAAGAGGACCCUGAUGGUGCUGGCAGGCCAGGCCCCCAAUGCUCAGAGCAUUAAGCACGACACAGUCCACUAUGGCCACCAUCUCAAGACACUGGACAGCUUUGACCGUCAGGGAAUCAUGCACCGCCUGGAGACCUACACCAAAGUCAUUUUUGUACGAGAGCCCUUGGAGAGAAUGGUGUCGGCAUACAGGGACAAGUUUGAAAAUCCUAACAACUACUACCACUCCCUGUUUGGGAAACCGAUCAUUUCCAAGUACAGGGUGAACCCAUCCUGGGCAGCCCUGAAGACAGGCAGCGGGGUCACGUUUAAGGAGUUUGUCCAGUACCUGCUGGAUGUCCACCGGCCUGUGGGAAUGGACAUCCACUGGGAGCAAGUCAACCAGCUCUGCAACCCUUGUCUCAUAGACUAUGACUUCAUUGGCAAGUUUGAGAACAUGGAGGAAGAGUCCAACUUUGUGCUGCGAUUGACUGGGGCACCACCCAACAUCACACUGCCCAGUUUUAAAGAUAGGAACCCAACCGACACCAGGACCUCUAUGCAGAUAACACAAAAAUAUUUUACACAGGUCAGCACGUUGGAGAGACAGCGGGUUUAUGAUUUCUACUACAUGGACUAUCUGAUGUUUAACUACUCCAAGCCUUUUAAAGAUUUAUAUUGA